AUUUCACAUCUACAAACAUUUUGUACCUAUUAGAUAUAAUAAAACGUUUUUAUUUAUAAAUAUACAUCAUGUAAUCAAUUGGUUCAAUUUUGAACAGUACCUACACAUUUCCAGUACCUGAAACUUACCGGCUAGAUUGUCAACAAAAUCCACGUUUGAUUCAGGUAACGGUGGGGAUAUCGUAUGCUCCGCUAUUGGUCAGUGAAAGUACAAGAAAUAUAUAUUAAACAAUAUUUUACUGAAAAUUUUAUUAGAUUUACAUGAAUGUGUUGACGAUUUUAUGAAAAUUGGGCGUAGCGCGUUUUCUAGUCCCAUCGCGUAUUUUAGUGAAUGAUUUUUGUGUUGUUCUUAGUGUAUAUUUGGUUCAAGUUCAAGUCCAGUGCAACUUUCUUAAAAACGAAAAAAAAAAAACGAACUUGACCAUUGAACUUGAAAAUAUUUAUAGCAAUUACAAUGAAGGACUUUUUUACAAUUUGGAAUAGUAUACUAGGAACUACGUACGAUGCAGUUAGCACUAACCAAACUAAAAAAGCAGAAAUAUACGGGGAGACACAAAAAAUACAUAAACCUCCCGGGUACAAAUCCGCCAUUAUAAUAGCUGUUGUUGGGUUAAUAGCUGUGUUGUCAGGAACAUUCAUUCAUGUGGUUAAUCCAUACGAUCUAAUAUUCAAAUGGAAAUUAAUCUUUGAAAAGGGCGGAGAGAUUUACGAGCUCUGGAGGGCGCCACCAGUAGAACUAUAUCUCAAAGUUUAUCUGUGGAAUAUAACAAAUAAAGAGGAAUAUAUGAGUGGCUUAGAAAAUCAACUGCGCAUGGAAGAAGUUGGUCCGUAUGUCUAUAGGGAACUAAUGAAACACGAAAACGUUACUUUCAACGAUAACGGCACGUUAACAGCAGUUCCAAAACAUCCUUUGGUAUGGGUACCUGAAUAUUCACAGGGAAAUUUAGAGGAAGAUUUGUUGGUAUUGCCCAACAUUGCCUUAUUGAGUAUAGCAGACGUGGUUUCUGAUAAAUCAUACUUCACUAGGAUAGGUCUGAAUUUACUCAUUAGACAGACAGAGAGUCAACCUUUAGUUACGAUGACAGCGAGAGAAUUCAUGUUUGGAUAUUACAGCAGUAUUUUAACGUUAGGAAAUAAUUUCAUGCCUACUUGGAUCACUUUCGAUAAACUCGGUCUGAUUGAUAGGAUGUACGACUUCGAUGGAGAUUAUGAAACGGUUUACGACGGUCAAAAAUUCGGUCUCAAUAAUAUUGGUUUAAUAGAAAAAUACCGAGGAGACACUAAAAUUCCCCAGUGGGAUAGUCCAUGUGGCGAUAUAUCAGGAGCUUCGGAUGGUACAAAGUUUCAAGGGUACAUAGAACCCAACGAUACCCUAUUGUUUUUCAGAAAAAGUAUGUGCAGAGCUAAAAAACUGAUAAAAGUGAAUGAAACCAUCACCAGUGGCCUUAAAGCUUAUAUUUAUAAUUUCGAUCCUGAAGCCGAUGACAACGGUUGGGAUCGUGAAAAUAACAAAUGUUUUUGCAAAGACCCCACCAAUUGUAAACCCAGAGGUCUUUUAGACGUACGAGGGUGCUACUACGGGUUCCCAAUCGCCCUUAGCAAUCCUCAUUUCCUCGAUGGAGACAAAAUCCUUUCUGCUAACGUCAUCGGAAUGAAUCCAGAUCCCAAGAAACACAGGACUUUCUUCGUUAUUCAACCUGAUUCAGGUCUUCCUCUCCAAUUAGCUGUUAGGUUUCAAAUUAACAUGCAUCUAAGAAAUAUAAAAACCAUUGCGAACUGUGAGAGAUUCGAUAACAUAGUACUACCUUUACUUUGGGCUGAAAUAUCCAUGAAUAAACUGCCAGAUUUUUUGGAGACCCGUUUCAGGAUGUACCUAAACGUGUUGCCUCUAGUAGAAAAAUGUUUCAUGAUAAUAUUCCUGGCGGGUGGUGUGCUUUUCUUCUUGGUAUCGUUGUAUAAAUUCGUCAGGGUAUCGAGGAGCCGAUUUAGACACCAAGAACCUUGGAUAGAAGACGAAUUGGUCUACAACAUCGAUAGGAAACUGAGCAGCUACAUUCCUGCUAGAUCAUCUAGUUUAACGGCGAAGGAACUGGAGGUUUAUAUCGAUAGUAUGGUGCCUCUUACGGACAGUGAACAAAGCGUAGACGAUAAUGAACAAGAACUUGAUACGAGUCACGAACAAAGUGCUUUGGUCGGUUAAUGGCAAGAUGACAGUGAAGGAAUUGGCGUUCUAAUGUGUUUAAAAGACAUUAUCAAGUCUGUUCCUUUUUUUAUAGGAAAGAAAAACGAUAUUGUGAUACAAUUAGAGUUAAUUUUCAUAAGCCAUAUUAGUCAAUAUUUCACAUCAACCACUCUUGAUCAUUUUUUUUUUCAAAUAUUUUGUUGGUUUCUAUAAUAAAUGGACAAUUGGUAUUAGAACGAUGAUUUUUGCAAUUAACAUUAUAAACUUGAGAAAUUUAAGAAGUUUGGCAACACCACAACUAAUUUAAUCAGAAGUUGUACAACUAUCGAUACUCAAUGUUGCCAGAUUGAAGUCUACUAAGGAGUUGAUCCGAAAUUAAAAGUUGUUUUCUUCAUUUUUUUAAUUUAAUUUAGUUUUUAAUUUAAUGUUUUUGCCACAUCCUGUAUAUUGAGAGCAGUUAUCUUAAUUAAAUUCAUGUUUCAACUAUGACAUAAUUUGAAUGAACAUUGGCAACGUUGUAAAUUAACAUACGGAAAAUAAAUUUACUAAUAUGAAAA